GUGUGUUCAGGGCACUGGAGGUCACUUCCUGAUUUACUGACUGUCGGCAAGAUGUCUCAACACUUUCAAAACGCUCUGCCUCUUUUGAAAUGACAACGUUUUGUGUGCCUGAAAAGCGACGGUACCUCCACAGGUGGAAGAAGCCAAAGUUUGUGACUUUAUUUGAUGCAGACCAGCUCUUCAUUCAGUCGUAGCGCAGGUGGAUUUAUCAGUAGAGACUCGCAUGUUUUCCUGGCACGUUUAUAUCAGUCAGGAUGUUUUAAAAUGGCGGUGGCAGCGUCACAACAGGAGGGUCUGGAGUAAAUGUGAGGAGGUGAUGGACGCACACACAUCUUUCCAGCUGCAGCAGGAACAUGGCAGAAGCAGAGCACACUGAUGGGGAGUUCAGUGUUACAGAUUUCCAGGUCUCAUCGUUCAGCAGCUCUUCUCACAACCGGGGUUUGCAGAUUGCCUCAAAGCCUCUCACCCAAAACCAUGUCAACCAUCACAUGCCCUCCGUCUCUCCGCUGCCUCCUGUCUCCCUCAGUUGCAAAUCAUUCACUCCAUGUAAUGGCACAUGUGAUGAGGAUGGCAGCAGCUUGGCCUCUCAGGACUCAGGAAUCCCCACCCUUGAGAUGAACCCUCCUGAGCACACUCAGGCUCGAGUCACCACUGCUGAGCUGGUGCUUCCACCUCCACAUGAUGAUAGUCCAGCAACACUAAACCUGGAUAUCUCAGAUAGCUCCAUACUCAAGUCUUCCAGCUUCCCACGUUGUGGUUUUGAUUUGGUACACUCUUACGGUGCCGGCGGGCUCUCCAGUGCGGCAGGCAAGGGUACUUUGAAUCGCAGUGAUGAUAUUUCAGUCUGCAGUGUUUCAAGUUUAAGUACUGAGUUUUCUGCCACAUUGUCUGUCAGUAAUGAGGACUUCCUAGACUUCAUGGUCACAUCCGAGUCCAGUGCUGUUGUUACAUUUGAGAAUGAAGAUGUCUUACACCGUUCUGACAAUUCACUCUCACCUCCUACUGACUUACACGGCAAGCUCAGCAGCCCCCAACCACAUCCUGUGGGGGUCUCUACACCACAUGAGACUAGACCUAAGAGACUGGGUCCACUCGCCAGCUUCUUCCACAGGAGUCUUUUUGCUAAGAGGAUGAAGGAUACGGGUGCACAGGAAGAACAGAGAGAGCCCGGCUGGAAGCUGUUUGGUAAAGGUCCACAUAAAGACCUUUCAGUCAAAGACUCAAGGAAAACACAAAAGGAAUAUGAAAGGAGUGGACAGUCAAGCAGUUCCACAUCUCCCAAGAAGAAUGUAAGAAGGAACCUGGACUUUGAGCCACUUUCAACCACAGCCCUUAUACUGGAGAACCGUCCAGCGAAUCUUCCUGCAAAGCCUGAGGAAGAAACACAGAAACACAGACAAGAAUAUGAGGAGAUGGUAGCUCAGGCCAAGAAGAGAGAGCUGAAAGAGGCCCAGAAACGGAAAAAACAACUAGAGGACAGGUGUAAACUCGAGGAAACCAUCGGCAAUGCUGCGCUCACCUGGAGUCAGGAGAUAUUACCCAACUGGCAAAGCAUGUGUUCGUCCAAGCGGGUGAGGGAUUUAUGGUGGCAGGGUCUACCGCCCAGCGUGAGGGGCAAAGUCUGGAGUCUAGCGAUAGGCAAUGAACUAAACAUCACUGAUGAGCUGUAUAACAUCUGUUUGGCACGAGCCAAAGAAAAGUGGAAUGCCUUUGUAGCCCCAUCAGCUGCUGCAGAAACAGAGAUUGAAGAUGCAGGCUUGUCUCAUGCUGAUCGAGAGGCCAGUCUAGAACUGAUCAAGUUAGACAUUUCCAGAACCUUUCCCAAUCUCUGUAUCUUCCAACAGGGAGGCCCAUACCAUGAUGUAUUGCACAGCAUUCUGGGAGCUUACACUUGUUAUCGUCCUGAUGUGGGAUAUGUGCAGGGAAUGUCCUUUAUAGCAGCAGUGUUGAUUCUCAACAUGGACAUUGCUGAUGCCUUCAUUGCUUUUGCCAAUUUGUUGAACAAGCCUUGUCAAAUGGCUUUCUACAGAGUGGACCACAGCCUUAUGUUGACAUACUUUGCAGCAUUUGAAGUUUUCUUUGAAGAAAAUCUACCAAAGCUUUUUGCACAUUUCAAAAAUAACAACCUGUCCUCUGAUAUUUAUUUAAUUGACUGGAUCUUCACCUUGUACAGUAAAUCUCUCCCACUGGACAUUGCAUGCCGAGUGUGGGACGUGUUCUGUCGUGAUGGCGAUGAAUUUCUCUUCCGCACAGCACUGGGGAUUCUGCGUCUCUAUGAGGACAUCCUCACACACAUGGACUUCAUCCACAUCGCUCAGUUCCUGACGCGCCUGCCAGAAUACAUCUCCGCUGAGGAGAUCUUCUCCAGCACAACCACCAUCAGCAUGAACAGCAAGAACAAGAAAUGGGCACAAGUUCUUCAGGCUUUGCAGAAAGGACAAGACCGUGGCAGUCCACUACUGAAACGCUAAGGAUUCAACACCGGUCUUCUCUUCAACCUCACAGAGACUAAUAGAGAAACUCAUGUUGACUGUACAUGUGUUGUACUCAUCAGAGAAUAUCAGUUCCAGUGGCCACUGUAUGUGUCAUCUUCCACACACUGACCUCACAGGACUGGAACGGAGGCAACACAUCACAUGAAGGUACACCCCCACUUUCAGUUAGGUGUGGAAAUGUCCUAUCAUUACUUUCUUUUCUGCCUCCCUCAUCUUAAACGAGGCAUUUCCAUUUAAGCUAAAUAAAAUAAUAUAUGUUUUGCUGUGGGUGUCUGAGGCUGUUUUUAUGUGUUGUUUUUACCAUUGUUUCUAAGACUUAUUGCACACUGAAUUAUUAUUUAUUCUACCUCUUACUCCCUGUCUGUAAUCUGUGUUUCUGUUCUCUGUCUCACAAAUGUCUUUACUCAGAGAUUUGAGUGGAUGCUGAAAUAUAUUGCUGUGUUAAUGGUAUUGUUACUGGAUUCUCUGUCCCUUUUUACUUUUCUCUCUCCUCUCUUAUCUUUUUAGUUGUUGUUUGCCAGUUCAAAACCAAACAUUCUGGAAUACUAGUGUUUCUGAAGUUACAAAGUUUGGUUUCAAUUCAUGCUUACAGAACUGGACUUUAGCAUAAUAAAUGUGGCUUUAACAUUGUGGUGCAGCUUGGAUCUCAAGGUGGUUAAAGUGUUGAAAAGAAAGAUUGAGUAGGAGUAUGAGUUCAGUGAUGAUGGUGGUUUCACAGCAUUAUGAUGACAUCUCAUAUCAUCUUCAUUAAUAACAGAAACAAGCUUCUCUAGAUUAUGCUGUAAAUUAUUCUUGAUAUUCAACAAUUCAUUAAAUUGAGAUUAAAAUCAGAUAAAAUCUUAUUAUUCGUAAUGUAUUGUAGGGGAAUUUACAGUUAAAACCCAAGGACCAGAUAUGUCGCAAUGAAGACCAGGAGUCAGAGAUGAGUUCAAUUAAUAAUAAUAAUUUUACUUGAAGAAAAUAGUUUGCAAUUUCAUCAGCAGAAGUCAGAUUCAAUACUCUCGAUGGAGUUCGCAGGCUGCCCCCAUACAAUUCAUAAUCAAUCACAGUUAUACCCUGACAGAGGAUACUAAUUGCGUCAAUACAUAAGUCAACAAAAUUCUGAUUGGUUCCAAAACCUAGAUAAAACUCUCCAAAGACGUAUAUCUGAUACGCUGGACACUGGCAGUUGAUCGUUUUUCCUGGGACUGUCUGAGCUUCUCCCUGUACAGACAGAUACUAACACACAUACACAGAGAACUUAUCUAAAAUUCAAGGCUUUAUAGCACUGGCAAGUGUCUUAUCAUUAGGGUCACACAUAAUAUGUGGACAUUAAUCUUGAGGAAAAGAAAUACAGCGCACAUAAGGUUACACAUUUCACUCUUGCUAUAACUUGAUUAAUAGUCAAACAAGAAAUCAUGUAAUAAUAUAAUUAAUAUCAGUAUGAAGGAUAUGGCAACUCGGCAUCCAGUAUAAAAUACCAUGUUAAAAUACUUAAUCUUUAAUUGUUUCAUGUAAAUAACAUGCACUAAUAUGGCCUAAUUUUUGAGAACAUAAUAUGGAACAGCAAUAAUAUUAAACAUCCAGAUGCUUAUUUAUUGUAUUGAUUAGAAUUCAUGGAUGAUUAUUUUUUUGAGGAAACAGAUUUAAAUUUCAUAUCCUCUCAGAGAGUGUGUGUAUGUACUGUAUGUACACAGUAAUAUAUAAACAAGCUGAAGGCACCAGAAUAUUGAAUGGUUCUUGAUAUCUUGCACACUCUAAAGUAAGUUUAUGUUCAGCUAUUAUCUAGAUAAUGUGGUGAGAUUAUACUACUUUGUGAUCACUGUGAUCAAAGGAAAACCUCCCACUUUUUCUGUGGUCUAAACCACACUGCUGCAAUAAGCUGCUUUGCAUUUUUUUUUUUUUUUUAUAGAUUCUCAAUGUCAUCUUCAUGUUUUGUUUCUUUUUCAUUACCAUAUAGGAACCCCAGAAUUUGUUUUGUGUUAAUGUUGGCUGUUUUCAUUAUAAUCAGAUUAUUCAUUGCCCUCAAUAUUUAAAUAGCCUAUUUUUAUAUCUGGGGGACAAAAACCAGGAGCUUUAAGUAAAAUGCUUUUUGUUUUUGCCAAUAAGUCCAAGGUUUUGAAAUAACUUCCAUAACUCAGAAAAAUAACUUUAAAGACUUCAUAUGUAUCCAGUGCUUUCAGUUGUUUGGGGUCAUGUACGAUAAAAGGAGUGAAGAUGAUCUUAAUUGUAAUGAAAGAUGACGUGUGUGUGUGUAAACAACUUCAUGUUAUGUUGUGAUUCCUUGCGUGUGUGUACCAUCAAAACAAUUAAUGUUGUUCAAAAGAGCAUAGGCCAUCCAGGAACACAGGAUAUGUUGAUCAUGAAGUAUAGUAAUGUAUUGUGCAGUGUGUGUUUUUUUGUGUAGGAAUUGACAGAAUUAGGUGUUAAGAUAAAGGCAUUAGGAUGUGAAAUGAACACUGAAAGUGUGCAGAGCAGACUGUGUGCAUGCAGUCCCACACUUGAAGCUUUCAGAUGUUAUUUGAGCAUGCACUGACACAGGUCUCAAAACACACUUUGACCGGUCUCUGUUCUUCUGUGUUUGUCAUAAAAUGCUGCUUUGCUUUUGUUGUGUCAGUUCAGAUGAUAUAGAAUUAAAUAAAGUUUAUAUUUAUGGUC